GGCAACCGUGAAAUCAACAACAUGGCGGUUUUUGGAGCAUCGGAAAGUUACAAAACUUGAGAAAAACCUUGUAAUUAUUGGAAUACUUAAACGGAUGAGGUACAAAUUGAUCGAUUGAACGAAAUAAAGAGAAAUGCCAAAUCUUAAGUCAGCUGAAUAGCCUGCUAAAGAAGUGAGCUGCUCACUGGCCCGCAGUAUGGAAGUAGACGAGAGAUUACGAUUCCUGGAGACACGUAUCACGUCCAGCCUGAGGCCUCGCAAUGACGACCUCAAGGCACUCUUUGCCAGUGAUGAAAACCGCCACGCCUUUCUGGAGUUUUGCAACAAUGAAGACGUCCGUCGCCUCUUUGUCUUCACCCGAGAGCCCAAGAACACCCUGGUGGCUUCCCUGUCUCCCCCCACAGGGGUGCGCACCAAGGCUGUCUUCUUUCUCAAGACAAAUCAAGCCUCCAAGCUGACGAAAGAGAACAUCAAGACAGAUGUGGUAUACACGGACUGCGACACUACUGCCCUGACACAGCUGGAUCUGCUGGCAAAAGAGGUUUACCUGCCCCUCUUGUGCACAGAUGGCUUGAUGACAUACGGAGGAGUCAGCGCUGAUAAGCUGAUGGACAUACUGCACAGGAUGAUGGGAAAUGUGGAGGUCACUGAAGGUCAUGUUGAGGGUGAUAUCAUCUUACCCCUCCCAUCCAUUGAGGUCCUAGCGGAGGCUGCUGCCUUACCUACAAGGAGAACAGCUGUCAUCCAUGUACUGGAAUCCUCUGUCAUUGGCUGGAUCAAACAAAUAAAGCUGCUUUUGAAGCACGAGCCGCUGAGUGACCUACGACAAUGCUUUGGCCUACGACCUUUACCCCUAGACGAGGUGACCAUGUGGCAAGCUCGUCAGAUCCAGCUCCAGUCCAUCGUUUCCCAGCUAGAGUCGCCGGUAGCCAGCGACAUACUACUGAACCUGGACGAGGCCAAUAGCACCUACUCACACUCCUUCCACAACGUCCGCAAAGACAUUGCACAGGCCUUGGCCGAAACCAACGAGAAUCUUCGCUUCCUCGGUACCCUGCUUCCCUGGUUUGAGAAACUUCACAACUCCUACACGACCAAAGACAUGCUGAGGUUGUUUGCUCCGCUCAUACAUACCAUGCUGCUGGUCUGGUCACACUCAAGGUAUUACCACAAUACGGACAAGUUUCAGAAUCUCCUGGAACUGGUAUCCAACGAGGUAGUGCUGAGAGCACAGAGUCUGGUGGGAGAAAACAUCCUCAAGAACACACUACAGUCUUAUGCUGGCUUGAAGGACGCACUGAAGGUCUGUGCUGCCUACCGGGGAACCUACCUAGACAUGAAAGACAAAGCGGACGAUAUCAACGCAGAGAAAGUAUCCGAGACAGCAGAAGCAAUGACCCUGCAUCCACCCAAGGGCGUCCUGUAUAGCAGCAAGUUGUACAACACCAGCCAGCGUCGCAGGGUGCGGUCGUCCCACGGCAUAUGGCGCGAUACAAGCUCCUCGGAUGUGGGUGUGAUACAAGAGGAUGAAUGGACGGACUCGCAGUGGCCACCGCGCAACGCUCCCUGCUUCAAUCUCAUGAAUGGAUUCAUGGAAAGAUGUAACGAUCUCUUGGAGCUGGUCCAGACCACCAGGCACUUCAACCUGCUGCAGAUGGCUGCAGAGGUGGGCGGGGCCGGCACCAAGAGCCUAGACGCCCUGGUCCGAGAGAUCCAUGAUGAAUUCUCCAACGCCAUGGAACGCUUCGGAGGCAACGUCAUGGACAUCUUGGACAUCACAGAGAGCCAGGCGUUUGAGAGGGCGUUCUUUAACUUCAGGUCCAUUGUCAAGGACUUGGAGAGGCGACUAGCCACCGUUCUACGCCAGAGCUUCCAGCAGUGUCCCACCAUCGGUGCCCAGCUGCGCCUCCUGGAAGUCUUCGAGGGAGUCAGCGGCCGGGAGAUGGUCCAGGAGUACCUGCGAGACAAGGACCAGCAGCUCAUCAGCUCCUUCACUAAGGAGCUGAUCGCCGUCCGCUCCAUGUUCCUAGACAAGCGCAAUGAUCCGCCGAACCAUGUCAAUCUGCCGCCUGUGGUCAGCCGGCUGACAUGGGUGGGGGCUCUCAAGAAGCGGAUCCAGCAACCAAUGGAGAAAUUGAAGCGCAUCAGCCCCCACUCUCUAGAGGGCGACGCUGGCUGGCACCUGCGAGACGUCUUCGCCGACACCCUGAAAGACUUUGACGGCUACCAGCAGACCACCAUUGCCAAAUGGCAGGGCCAACUGCAUGAUGAGCUCAGGGACCGGCUAAAACAACCGCUACUGGUUGCAGAUGACUACGACCAAGAAAUCGAGUAUCGUCCCCAGGUGAUCCACGUCAACCUUGACCCCGACCUCCUCCUCCUCCUCAGGGAGGUACACUACCUCCAGCAGCCCCCGUUCACCAUCAAACUGCAGGACACGGUACGGGACCUGCUGCGUAACACGGACGGCGCGACGUUACGCACCACAGCGGCACGCUUGGAGACCAUCGUCUCCAAGUACAACUCGGCCAUGCGCUCCCUGGUGGACUUUGAGCAGCCGCUGUUUGAGAGGAAACUGGGCAAGAUUGAUCACCUUCUGGACCAAGGCCUGAACCACUACACCUGGAAGACCACGGAGAGCGCAGACUUCAUUGAGCUGGCCUCGGCCCUGGUUGGGGCUGACCUGCACCGGACUCUGGCCAUCGUCCAGAGCAACUGCCAGGAGAUGGUGGACAUUGCCCAGUCCUGGUCAAGCGGCUCACUGGACGUCUUCGCCUGCCGGGACCCGGACGCUAGCUACCACAUGGUCAAGCUGCUGGCCUGGCAGAGUGAACUGAAUGAGGAUCUUGAGCGACUGGUCAAGCCCUCUGGACAACGGAUCCACCACCUACUGGGAAUCUCAUUUGAGGCUGUUCAGAUCAGCAGGGCUUCCCCAGCCUGGGAGGACUAUGUGGAUCACAUCGAUGCCUUGGUGUUGGACGGUCUGAAGCAGUCUGCACUCAAGAGUCUCAGAUCUAUGCUCAAUACGCUGGUACACUCCAAUGUGGCGGAGGCCCAGGGAACCGUGGUGCCCAUCCUGACCAUCCGCAUGGAGCUGAUAGAGAACGUUGUCUCGGUCACUCCGCCGCUUGACCAGAGCACGGCGGUCACUAGCGUCCUGGAGAAUGUCCAUCAGUGGCUGGAGGAAUUCAAGAACCGAGGCUCGCUGGUCAAGAUGCUCAACCAUGACGCAGAGGGUGGUUAUCAGCGUUACAUCAGCUUGGAUGACGAGGUGCAGCAACUAUGUGAGCAGAUUGUGGAACUAGUCAAGGAGAACGGUGAUGAAUGCAUGACGCUACUGGAGUUGUUCAAGAACUACACCUUCCUGUGGAUGCACAACAUCAACGAGACGUUUGAUGAGUUCCUCCAGGGUCGGCUGAGCUCCAACCCCAUGAGGGACUUGGAGAAACUGGGCCCCUCGGCCGGGAUGCGAUCGGCUGCUUCGGAACGCUCCCUGCGGUCUGCUCAGAGUGGACGGGCCAGUUCAGCAUCCCAGUACAGCAUCGGAGCCAAGGGGGCCAUGGGUACAGCAGAGAAGUACUUCCUGACUCCCAAAGACACCAAUGAGUAUGACAACGUGCCGCCGCUGGACCUGUUUGAUGCUGAGAUUGACGUGUACAGGACGGCAAGGGACGAGAUCGCCAGUAUCUUUGACUACAAAGACGUGGGCUGGAUACGCGUGGACCUGCAGCCUAUCAAACAGGUGCUGACCACCUACGCAAGCCGCUGGAUGUGGACAUUCACUAAAUACCUCACUGAUCAGGUUACCGAGCUGCUGACUGACCUAGACUCCUUCCUAAAACGCAUCGAGCCGGAGAUUGAGAGCAUCUCGGGCGAGGAGCGCGACACGGCCUCCUUCAUGAAGAUGAUGCGCAUCUUCAAUGAGGUCUCCGCCAAGCAGCAAGAGAUGGACGGCCAGUUUACGGCCAUGAAUCGUACCGUCCUGCUGCUCAAGAAGUACGCCCAGGCCCUGCCGGACCGGACCAAGGCGCUCUACGAUGCCGCGCCGGGACGCUGGAAUAACCUCAAGACCAAAGUGUCGCUGGCAAAACAGAGGCUGGGGCCCAGGAUACAAGAAGAAUCUGCCAGCAUUACAAAGGACCUUGCGUCUUUCGGUGAGCGCGUGGAGACCCUCCAGAGGGCGCUGUCCUCCUCAGAGAUCUACACAUACGACUGCCUGAUUAACGCCGCCUUCAAAGAGAUCAGCAGGUUCAUGCAGCUGCUGGAGAAACUGGACAAUGAAGCACAGGAUCUAAUUGAGUUGCAAGAGCUUCUUGAAACAGCAGUUGUCAACUUUACUGUGCUGCCAGAAUGUCGACAUGAGCUGCGAAAUCUGAAGCAGGUCUGGGACACGGUGGAGACAAUCCACGGCCAGCAGGAGGAGUGGAAGCAGGAGUCCUGGCAGAAGAUGAACACCAAGUAUCUGAGAGAGGUCACCAACGACCAGCUGGAGAAGGUCAGGGGGUUACCGGAGGAGGCUCACUACUGGGAUGUCUACUUGGGACUCGAGGAUAGCAUCUUGAUCAUUCAGGCAUGCCUACCACUGAUUGAAGAUCUCAGCAACCCUGCGAUGCGCACCAGACACUGGAAGCAGUUGGUGCGUGUGACUGGGGGCGCUCUACUCAUCGACAACGAGAACCUGAAGAGAAUGACUCUAGGACAGCUCCUGCAGCUGGGUCUACAGAACCAUGUGGACGAGGUACGGGCCAUCGUCCAGCGGGCCGUCAAGGACGUCACCAUCGAGAGCGCCCUGAAGACCUACGAAGAGAUCUGGCUGAGCAAGAUCUUUGAGCUGAGACCUCACGUCAGGAUAAUCAGCGGGGCAGGCAGCGAAAAACCAGACAAAGAGGAGACAGACACCAAGAGUGAGUAUUCUCAGAGUGAUGCCGGGACAGUCAAGGGUGGGGUCCCGCCCGGUGGCCGUCGAGCUCACAGUAGGAUGUCAUCGUUCACCAUCGGGACUGGGGGUAGGACCAAGAGAGCUAGCGUGUCGUCACUCCCAGCAUCCCUGCUCAACCUGGGAGAGGACACCGAAGCGCUUUUUGAGCUCUUUGAUUCCGGAGCCAUCUUUCUCCUUCACGAGACCGACCCCAUCUUCACGGAGCUAGAAUCCCACCAGGUAGCCCUGCAGAGCAUGCAGGGAAGCAGUGCCGCUGGAUCCUUCCUGGACGAAGUCACCAAGUGGCAGAAGAGACUGCAGACCAUCGAGGCCGUGCUGUCAACGUGGCUGGAGGUGCAGGAGAAAUGGGUGGAGCUGGAAGAGAUCUUCAGUGGGACAGAUGUCAAGGCAUCCCUGAGCCACGAGGCAGGUCUCUUCAACUCAGCCAAUCGAGACUUCCGUCUCUUGAUGAGAGCCUCAGAGAAGAACCCUAAUGUCCUGCAGUGCUGCCAGCGAAGAGGCAUCUUGAACAUCCUAGAAAAGAUGAACAGUAAUCUGGAGAUGUGUCGACGGUCGCUGAUUCAGUACCUGGAGAAGAGACGACAGAGAUUUCCUCGGUUCUACUUCCUGUCCAUGGAGGAUGUGCUGCACAUUGUCUGCAACGGUUAUGACCUGAAUCAGGCCAACCUGUACCUCCCCAAGCUGUUUGAGAACCUUGGCCGUCUGGAGUACGAGGAGAACCAAUCGGAGGCUGCGGAGUGUACCUUCAACAUCACAGGGCUCAUCAGCAACAUGGGGGAGAAGAUGCCUCUCAAGCAGAUUGUCUCGUGUGACGGCCCUAUUGAGAACUGGCUGUGCAACCUCCUUCCCAUGAUCAAGCUGUCCUUACAGACCCAGCUGUCCUCUGCCCUGGGCAACGAGACCCUGGAACCCCCCGGCACACCGCGCAGGACGGAGAGAGAGAUACACAGCGCUGGGGCCCGGCGGGUCACUGUAGGCAAAGAGGAGAGAAAAGGCACAGCACGUAGCCGUGCAGGCAGUCGCACCGGUAGCCGCACCCACCGGCCGGGUACCAGGGACUCCCAGGACAGCCGUGGUCAUGGUUACGACGGCAGGCACGGCCCCUCGUCAUGGAUGCUGGAUCAUGUGACAGAGGUGGUCCACUUAGCCACUCAGAUACAGAUCACUGAGCAGACGGAGAAGUGCCUCAAGCUACUGGAAGGUGGUGACAAGAACGCAAUGAAGGAGACUCUUGAGAAGGUGAAGGCCAGCAUCCAGGCAGCCGUGGUGAUGCUGAAGGGCGUGGAGGAUGAGAACGAGAGACGAGCACGCCUGGAGAAAGAAAAGAAAAAGAAAGAAGCGGCAGCGAUGAGGGAAUCAGAGCAGACCAGCGUCAUGGACACCGGCACCGUCAUCUCCCACACAGGACGCCAGAGCUCCCAAUCCCACAAGGGCUCCCACUGGUCUCUGAACAAUGAGAACAACGCGGCCCCAGUCAACCAGCCUACCAUCGCUGAGGAGGGCAGCACGCUGUCUGGACAGCAGGGGGAGAACGGGGAAGCUACGGAACCAGCUGAUAAACCCAUGGACACCAUGAAGGUGGUGCUGCCUCCCGAGAGGCCAAAGGUCAAGGUCAAAGUUGAGGAGAAGAUUGACAAGAGCGAGUUGCAGCUGAUGCUGUUCCCUGGACAGAUCCAGAAAAUCAGCAACCUGAUCACGCUGCUGGCACACCAGAGGGACCUCUUGCAAAGACUGAUUGACAGGCAAGAUGAGAUCAAGGGAUCUCUGCUGGAGUCCUUUGAUUGGCGUUCUCAUCUCCGCUACGUCUGGAAUGAGACCUCCAGCAGCCUCUCCAUCAAGUUGCUGGAUACGACCUUUGACUACGGCUUUGAGUACAUGGGCUCUGCCAGUCGACUAGUCUUGACUCCAGGCACUGAGAGAGUAUUCCUGAGUAUGGCUCAGUCCAUCAAGGCACAUAUGGCAGGGUUGUGCGUCGGACCUUCGUGGAAUGGUCGAUUGGAGCUUGUUCAGGAGAUGGCGCGGACCCUAGGCCAGCCCUUGUAUCUCUUCAAUUGCUCCAACACCACCGACUCACAGAUGUUGGCUGAUAUCUUCAGAGGACUUGCCUCAACAGGUGCCUGGGUCUGCUUCAACAACCUGGCCCACAUCACGCCCCCGGUCCUCAGCAUCUUCGCCCAGCUCCUCCAAAACUACCUGGACGCCCUUCGGCAGGGCAAGUCGGCCACCGUCUUCCCCUUCCAGACAGAAGAGGUAGCAGUCAACGCCAACGGGGCAUGCCUGGCCACCCUGGACAGUUCCAUCUCCCUCCCGGGCGCGUCGCCUGCAGCGGUAGAGGGGCGGGUCUUGCUGAACUCGGCCGUUGCCUUGCUGCCCAGCGAGCUGACCAAGCUGUUCAGGACAGUGGCGGUGGUCAACGUGGACUUCAGAGUGGCUCUGGAGUCUCUGCUGCUUAGUCAAGGCUUCACUAAAGCUGUUGAGCUAUCCCACAAGGUGAUGUCACUGAGGGAGAUGUACACUCAGAUGAUCCCCAACACGUCCCUCGCAACGCAGGAUGUCAAACUCGGGAGCGAUCUCUGUGAGGAUUCCCGUGGUUGGAGCAUCCAGAGCACUCGAUGCAUCAUCACAGAGGCAGGAGCCAUCUUGGAUCAGUUGCUUGUGCUUCAACUAGCCGAGGAUCACGAAGCAGCUCUUAACGCAGAGUCCUUGGAAAACAUUGAGGAAGUUGAAAGCAACAUGCCUGAAAAAGGUGCCAAUGAGCUACCCGAGAGCCUGACCAAGUACGAGAUGGAGGCCGUGGUGACGGCCUUGCGGAAUAACUUCAUGCCUCGUCUGCACGGAAGCGAUGCCGAGAUGUUUGUCAGUAUGGUGGAAGACGUCUUCCCUGAUGUCCAUGUCCCCAUGGGAUUCGCCGGACAGGAUGAAAUAGGAAACACCAAAGCUGAGAUGAGCCUGAACACGCCAGUGGUCAGCACCCACCCAGCCUCCACCGCCACCCAGCUCGUCAGCCCCGCCGGAGGCCAGGACAAACAGCCAUUGGACGAUAUCCACUCUGCCAUCGCCGUGGCAACCAACGAGCUUGGGUUGCUACCGGGGACUGCGUUCCAGGCCCGUGUCGCACAGCUGGCUCAACUUACGGACACUCAUCAAACAGUCGUCAUCGUUGGUCCAGCAGGAUGCGGCAAGAGCGAGUGCAUCAAGACGUUAGUCGGUGCCCAGAGGGAGAUGGGUAACGUCGUCAGUGCACAGCGAGUCUUCACCCAGGCAGUGGAGUCACAAGAACUGCUGGGAUACGCAGACCCUAAGACCAAGGAAUGGAGAGACGGUCUGUUCACCUCGCUGCUCCGCAAGCUCUGUCUGGUCCACAACACCGACUUCACCCAAAGCAAGCCCGUCAUGAAGACCUUACACCUGGACGGCCGCAUCGAUCCGGUCCAGAUGGAGAUCUUUAGCUCCGUCUUCCACAGUGAUAGCGCCCUCGUGCUGGCUAACAACGAGCGCAUCCAUAUACCGGACAACCUGCGCAUCUUUUGGGAGAUGGAGUCCGCAGCCAACUUGAGUCCAGCAGUCCUCUCCCAGGCCGGUCUUCUCUCAAUGGACACCUCGGACGUGUCCUGGCGUCUGGUCCUAGCGUCCUGGCUUGACCGCUGUCCCGAGCGAGACCAGGAGAUACUGACCGCCCUGACUGACCGCUACGUGGGGCCCACCCUGGAGUACCUGGACCGCUGCACCAAGCCAGAGAUGAUGGUGGCAAGGAACAGGGAGAAGGCAGGAGGGGGCGGGGCUAGUAAGAACAAGGGGCGGAUGAGGAGAGUGAUCGAUGUGUCCGAGAUGAGCAUGGUCAUGACCUUCUGUAGUCUGCUGGAGGCCCUAAUUUCCCAAAGCUCGGAGUUGGAGGAGACCCAGUACGAGCGCUACGUCAACUUUGCCUGUAUCUGGGCCUUCGCUGGUACCCUGGAGGAGGGUUACCGGGCUGCCUUCAGCACCUGGUGGCUCAACCAGUGGGGGGAGUCCAUCGACUACCCGGAGGGAGCAGAUGUGUUUGAGUAUUUUGUAGACGGUGAGACCCAGCAGUUUGUGCAUUGGAACGAGGCCGUACCGCCUUACAGCAUGCCGCCACACGAGGGCAUCCCACCUGAUGCGUUUGUGCACACUGUCAGCGUGGAGCAAACCUCCUACUUGCUGAGUCUGUUGUCCGACGCCGGCAGGCCAGUGCUGUUCACUGGGGAAGGAGGCUGCGGCAAGACGGCCAUCGUCAAUGACAGGAUUCGAACCGUCUGCUCUGGGGAGGUAGCUGAGGUGCUAUCCUUGUCUGUUACAACCAACAGGUUUACCACAAGUCGAGUGCUCUGGCAGCGACUUGAGGAGCGUUUGGAAUGGAAACAUGGCCGCACCUACGUACCCAAAGGAAGCAAGAAGCUAAUGUGUCAUGUGGACGAUCUCAACCUUGCACAUGUGGAUGAAUACGGUCGACAGUCUGCCUGUGAGAUGAUCCGGCAGCACCUAGACUCCGGAGGCAUGUAUGAGCCUGACACUCACAGACUACGAGAAGUCAAGAAUGUGACCUACGUCACCACCAUCAACCCUAACUCCCCGGCCAGCGUGCCUAGGCCCAGCCCACGACUCAUCCGACACUUCUCGGUCUUUGGAGUACCAUACCCCAAGUCCAGUGAGAUUCACAGCAUCUUCACCACCUUACUGAACACCCACUUCCUGACCCCAGCCACGACCUCUUCCACUUCAGCAAGAGACAAGCGUCAUCACAUCGUUGACAAGGAGGAGGAGCAGCUACGUGCCCUGAUGUCCAUGGUAGUCAACGUUACCAUCGAAGUGCAGGACAGGAUGCGAGCCAUGUAUCUCCCUACAGCAGAGAGAUGCCACUACAUCUUCACUCUCCGAGACAUGAGGAAAAUAUUCAGGAACAUAUGUCUGUCGCUGCGGCCCAAUACGAUCCGGGAGAACCUGCUGUUGCUAUGGCGACACGAGUGCGAGUUCAUCUACGGCCAGCGGCUGGUCAGUCCGGUCGACUUUGACCGCUACCAGCAGGCGUUUGUGACGGCCGCCAGAAAAGAGUUCUCCAGUGAGGAACUGCUCCAGCUGGUCAUCAACCCCUCCCAGCCACUCUUCAGCAACCUAGUCCAGCAGGAUUCCGGCAUCGUGACGGCCGGCGGGUACCGCACCACGUCCACGGGCAGUAGUAUCGGAGAAGACGAUCCCACCGACCAGUACCGUCCCUGUGAGGACGUGGAGGGAGUCAGGACUCUUCUUCAGGACGCGGUGGAGGAAUACAACAAGUCUCAUGCCAAGAUCAAGCUGGCUCUCUACAGAGAAACCAUCCAGCGCGUCUGUCGUCUGGCUCGUAACAUCAUGUCCCCCCACGACGUCGGCCAUGCUACCCUCAUCGCUGAGGGCAACCCGGGCCUGAGUAACCUCUUUGCUCGCUUGGCAGCCCACCUGUGUGGCUUCAGCGUCUUUGAGGUCAACCCUUCGCCCAUGUCAGCCUCCGUGUCUUACAAGCUGGAUCAGUUCAAGGCUGACCUGGUGGCUGCGUAUACCAAGGCUGGAGUCAAGGGAGAGAAGAUCCUUCUGCUCCUGACUGACGAGGAGUUGUUAAACGAAGACUUCCUAGUCUACGUGGGUGAGUUUGUGGUGACCGGUGCAAUCACACAUCUCUUCACCGCGGAGGAGCAGACGUCGAUCAUCAACUCCAUUCGUACUGAGGUGACUGCAGCCGGUCUGACCUACACUAGAGAAACCGCUUGGGAGUUCUUCCUCAAAGCUGUCAGCAGCAAUUUCCGAGUCGUCUUGGUGUCUUCCUCGAGUGGUGCAGCAUUCCAAGAUAGGUGCCGUCAGUAUCCAGCACUGACUGCCCACCUGAGCUGCUGCUGGUAUCAACACUGGUCCAGGGAGAGAUUAGUGGACCACGCACUGUUUCAUCUCAACAAUGUAGCAACACUAAACCACGUCCAGAAGGAGAACCUAGCCCACCUGUUGGCCACCAUGCACCUGGCCAUCAGACAGCUGGAUGGAGAAGAGAAAGGAGCUGGACAAUACAACCACCUGACCAAUACAACCUAUGAGAAGUUUGUGGAGAGGUUCUUGUCGAUGUACCAUCAGCGGCAACAGAAGAUCAAUGAGGAACACGUGACGGUGACCAGAGCUCUGAAACACAUCAACAAGGAGAACAAGCUGGCCAGCAAGCUGCAGAAACAGCUCGAACAUGAACUGGUGGUGCUGGAAGAGAGAAAAGAGGGUACAGUCAAGCUUCUGUCGCAGAUUGGACAGGACAAAGCAAUCGCUGAGCAACAGAUCAAGAUAGUGCACAAGCAGAUGGAGAAGAUACAAAAACUGAAGAAGGCCCUGCCCCAGUACACGCUGGCCCACGCCCGUGCCGUCUACAAGACGGUCGCUGUGGUGCAAGACACCAAGAAGAUUGUUCAAGAGCUGGACAUCAACUCCCUGGGGGAGCUGAGAGGAAUGCAGAAGCCUGACGUGGAUAUCGAGGAUCUGAUGGCCUCUAUCAUCAUGAUAUUGAAGAGUCCGUCAUCAGACCUGACCUGGAGCAAGGGUGCCAAGAGACAGAUGGCCAACAUUGAAAGGUUUCUUGAGGAGAUGAUGCAGUUUGAUGACAGCGAGCUGCCGGAGAGCACUCUGAACCUGGUAGAGCCAUACCUCAAGAAAGCCUCCUUUCAGCCACAGAACAUGCAGCGUAAGACCAACAACCUGGCCGCCGCGUCGCUCUGUAAAUGGGUCCGGGGUGUAGUCAGGUACCAUCGUCUGAUGAUCUCCAAAGUCAAGCCUCUACACACCAAGGUGGAGGAGACCACGGCCGCCAUGGAAGAAGCCGAGCACAGACUGGCAACGUUGGAGAACAAAAAGAAGGCUCUAGAGAUGCGCCUUCAAGACUUAUCCCAGAGCUUUGAGGAAGCGACGGUGGACAAGAACAACCAGGAAGACUUAUCCAAGAAGAUGAGCAGAGAGCUCAAAACCGCUAACAAAUUCAGAGAGAUCCUGGAGACAGAGCACAAGCACUGCAUCCAGAUCUGUCGCUCCCUACCCCAGCGUCUCUUUGCUAUCCCGGGGGCCAUAGCCAUGGCAGCGGCCUUUGCCUCCUACCUCGGGGCUUACGACCCCAAGUUCCGUCGGGUCAUGUUGACCAUCCAGUGGCCGAUGUGUCUGCAGGAGCGAGGCGUGCCGCUGUUGAUUGACGCCGUCGACCCAAUGAAAGGCUGGAUAGUGGAAUGGGCCAUCCACACCAACCGCACCCGCUCCAACACAGUCACCAGCUCGGUCCACAGCAAUGAGGGGGAGGUCGGCCUCACACCGAGGGACGCCCCGGCAGAGCAGCCACAGCCACAGCAGCAGCCACAAGACGAAGAAGCCCAGCAAGACACACAUCAGGAGGCAGGUGAAGAGGAAGUUGGAGGAGGGGAGGAGGAAGGGGCGGAGGAAUCGCAAGCAGUGGGCGGGGCCAAUGAGACAAUCAUGGAGGAGGCGGAGACUGGGACCGAGGCAGACCAGCAAGUGGCUGUUGCUGAAGACAAAGGUCCAGUUCAAGACACACCCAGGAAUGAAGUACCAGCAGGUGACACCGGUGCCCAGUCUCCGGACCUGCACACGGCCACCGAGAGCCAGUACAACUACACCGUGGACAACUUCCCCCAGAUCAGCAGCAGCGAUUUCAACCGCUACGUCCAGGCGCUGGUCAAGCUGCUUGUCGGAGAGAGGACCUUGCAGGAAUGGAUGACCAAAGGUCUCUGCCUGCAGCAGAUGGAGAAUCUGGCCAUUCAGAAGUCGUCAUGGCAACGACCUCCUUUCCUGAUUGACCCCCACAUGGAGGGCGUACGCUGGCUGCGCCGUAUGAUCCAUAGGAACAAGCUGACCAACAUCGACAUGCACACAAGGUUUGACCCGUCCAUUGUGGUCCAGAUAGAGAAGGCCAUACUGUCUGGCCUGCCCCUACUGCUGGUCAACUGUGAUGAGAGACUGGACAGCAUGGUCAUGCCGCUGAUCCACCACGCCAACCACGGCAAUGAGCAUAGUACGGCUGAAGACGCCAGACUGAUCAAGUACUGCGGCCGCCGACUCCUGGGCCACCAGGACUUCUGCGUCUCCAUGACAACCUCCUUGCCCAAUCCCAAGUUCUCGCCCCGCAUCGCCUCCACCACAACCCUGGUCAACUACAGCCCCUCCCCCGAGGGUCUGAAGGAAGAGUUGCUAGCCAGGGCAUUCCAGAGGGUGGUUCCCCAGCUGCACGCUGAGCGACGCAAGGUGCUUAGGGCCAUACAGCAACACAGGGCCACUCUGCAGGUGCUUGAGGAGCAGCUGCUACAAACCCUAGAAGGAGAGGAUGGGUCAGGAGACAUCACCGCUCACACUGAGUACGUCUCAGCUAUCGUAGACAACAAGGAACAGGUGUAUGCUAAGCUGUUGGAUGCAGAGCGCAUCUUGGAGACCCUUGAGAACAUUCGUGAGGAGCUCCUCCCGGUAGCCAAGCGGGGCGCUAUGCUGUUCAGCAUCGUAGCCAGCCUGGUUGGUGUCCGGCAUGAGUACCAGUUCUCACUGCCGUUCUUCCUGUGGAUGUUUGACCAGGCCGUCGGGGAGGACCAGAAAGAUGGAGAAGAUGAGGACGAGGGACAGGACGAUGAUAGCGCCACCGAGGCAGGUAGCCACACCUCCCCGUUGCGUGGCAUCGGUACCAGCGCAAGCACCCGCUUCAAGGAGACCGCGCCCCAACAGGUGGACCAAGAUGCACAGGAUAGCAGUAUCACUCAGGAAGGCACUGAGACCCAGAACUCUACAGGUGAGGAGCCUGCCAACCCAGCCACGCCAUCACAAGAAGCCAGUCUGCAGCAGCGCAUCAUGGCACAGAUUGCCGUACCGGACCUCCCAGACCUCCCCUCCCCUGGAGUGGAAUAUUCCAAUCUGUCAGCCAAUCAGGUCAAGCAGCUGGUGGACUGCCUGACGCAGACCAUCUUCCAGAACGUUAGGCAGUCUCUGUAUGAGAAGCAUCGCCUGCUGUUCUCCUCCUUGCUCUGUCUCAACAUCCAGUAUGAAACCACCGAGCUCUUCUCCGAGGAAGAACUGGCGCUGCUCCUCCAAGGCAACCCAGGCCUUGGGAACAUGGAGCUUUCCCUGGCCGACUUUGAGUGCGAUACACCGGCUCCCACCUUCCUGACCCAUGAUAAGUGGGAAGACCUGAUGGCCGUGUCUGUCCUGCCCGGUCCCCUGGAUGGGCUGUGUGUUCAGUUCGCUCAGCAGCCUGGUGAUUGGGAGGCGUGGUACAAGACUGCUAACCCUGAAGAUGAGCCAUUGCCUUAUAGGCCGGCGACCUCAGGAGAAGAUCAACCCCGUCCAGUGGAUGCUGAGGGCCAGACCUCAGCCCAGUCCAGCCCCGACCUCGGAAGCCUGACCGAGUUCCAUCAGCUCAUCCUGUUGCGCCUGCUCCGUCCCGACCGCUUCCCAGCGGCCGUGGCCCGCUACGUCCGGCGACACCUGACCUCAGUCAAGCCCCUGGCCAGCUCAGUGGGCAGCCUGCUGGGCAGUGCGGCAAGCUUGCUGGGAGUGCUGGUACUACUGCCUCCCACACCGGCGUUUGGGAACCAGCAGCUGGGCAGCGGGAUGAAGAUGAAAGCCAGGCCCGUGGACGUGCUCAGGGCAAUAGCGCAGAGUAAAAACAUCACCUUUGACUGUAUCACACUGGGCGACGGGGCGGAAUCACGAGUCAACAUCGCCAUCGACACGGCCGCUGACAACGACGGAUGGCUAGUCAUCGAAGAUCUGCACCUGGCAUCCGAUAACCUGCUGAAUGGCCUCCGACACCAGCUGAUACGAGUCGGCAAUACUGGAGGACCCCUGGGACUCAACCCCAUCAACCGAGACUCUGAGUCCCGCUUCUGCGUCUGGCUGACCAGCGAGCCCAGCGCCAAGCUCUCGGACGCCCUGCUGCACUCGCUGCGUGUCGUCUCAUGGGACAACCUGACGGAGCAACUGCUGAAUGCAGACGACGCUUCGGCCGGAGCCGAAGUGCCUGCUAGUGACGCCUCACUGGAUGAUGUGUUGAAGACAGCAAUUGUAUCGGCUCUUAAUGCCGUCACUCCUCAAAACUGGAAGAGAAUCCAAGAGAUGUCCACCUACGUGCGGGGGGCUGCGUUCGGUGCUUGCGUCGUCCACGGUGUGCUAUCGGCGCGCCAGUUGUUUGGCACCCGCGGCCUGUCGCGCUGGUACGCGUUCUCCGCCGUCCAGCCCAACCAUGCUGUCGAGGUUAUCUUGGGGUCAAAGGUGGAGGGUCAAGGAAGCAAGGAGGUUGGGGUGGAUGAACUUUGCACUCUCUUGACAGAGGUUGUAUACGGCAACAGCCUGACCAGCGACUGGGACCACCUCUACCUCGCCACCCUGGUCCGGCACGUCCUCCUGACCACCACCAGCCAAUCAGGGACGCUGAGCCUCGGGGGCGUGCCCCUGCCCACACCCCCGGCCAACGUGGACCCCACGGACUACGCCCGCUGGUUUGAGGAGAAGUGGGAGGACGGUGGGGUGACGGUGGCAGCGAUGAGCUUGGACGAGGGGAUCCAGAAAGUGGUCAAUAAGAUCAGUGGAGAUGAGUUUCUGCGCCACCUGGACACCCUCUACGAACUCCAGCACACGGGCCUGGUCGCGUACAACGCCGAGUCCACAAAGGGCGCCCUCAACAUGACCAAGGUCCAGUCGGCCAUGGACGGCGUCUCAGAGCAGCUGCCCCCGAUGCUGGACCUUGGCGAGCUGCCGCUGCACGUGGUCAACGAGAAGGAACGCUACACGUUCCCGUACCACGCCCCGUCGCUGAUGUCUUUACUGAGCGCGGCUAGUGCGGAGAUGCCGCAGUCUAUCGGAUACGUCUUGCUGCAGGAGUGUCACUGGUUCAACUCCCUCCUGUGCCACGUCCGUCAGACCCUACAUGAGCUGCAGUCCCACCUGCUGGGAGGGGAGAGAGGUAUGGUGCCCUGCCUCGCCGAAUGCGCCAGGGCGUUACAGAGUGAACUGGUGCCAGUCUCCUGGGUGCAUCCCAAUCGACAGCCCCUGGGCCACACGCUGCAUUCCUGGGUCACGGAUAUAUUAAAGCGUUAUAGCCAGCUCCGGGCCUGGAUCAAGGAAGGCAAGGUGCCCAGCUCCUCCCAUGACCCUGACAGACCCUCCCCACCCAAGGGCAACCUGCUGUCGGUGUGGAUGGGAGGACUGGCCAAUCCCACAGCCGUCAUCACGGCUCUCAGACAGGAGAAAUCGGCGCUGGAAGGAUGCCUCAUCUCAGAGAUCGGCAUUGCCUGCGACAUUUCCUCAUCCUUGGAUGAAGACACCUUUGAGAUCGCCCAUGAGGGUGGCAUGUACCUCCGUGACAUCCUCCUGGAGGGUGCAUCCUGGGACCUUGAAAACGGCUGCCUCGCUCCUGCUGGGUCCUGUCUUGCCAAGAUGCCAAGCAUCUACAUCCGGCCGGUUCGGCUCAGCAACCCUGACCCUAACUCUGACCCGAGCCGGCCAGCCAGUGGCAGCUCUACCAAGCCAGCAGGGGAGGAGCCAAGCUCCGACUCGUCAGCGUCUCUGAGGUUCACCUGCCCUGUGUUCAUGAACCGGUCCCGUCAGAUCUCCGCCUUUACGCUGGAGCUGCCUUGCCCCGCCCCUGUGGAGGACUGGAUCAUGGCCGGUGCAGCACUCGUCCUUGAUCCUGGGGCCCCAGAAGAUGGUGGGAAGAAGUGGCCCAAGCCAUCCCCACGCAAACUCGAGGAAUCCCAGCCCCAGAUAAAGGAUGACACUCAGAGUGAUCGCUCAGCCUCCGUCAUCUCCAAACUCUCAGCAGCUGCGCAUGGCCAGGAUCCCCUAGACCCCCGAGGCCAACACUCGUCUCAGUCUCAGCGCUCGCUGCGCUCCAGGCAGUCAUUCAAGUCCGACCAGCAACACACACCUCUACUGCCUACUUCUGAGCAACUCUUGGAACUCCCAGAACAAGAGAAUGGUUCCGACCAGGGUCCUGGUGAGGAUGACCAAAAUGGACAGGAAGAAGGGAGCCAGGAAGCCAAAGAGGAUCUGGAGUUGAAGAUGACGGCUCGCUCUGCUCAUCUUGAGCGUGAGAGGCACCAACUCUCAGCUUUCGAUUACCGGGAACUGUCUGAGACUGGGCCACAGACAGACAGCAAUAAUGUCAAUCAAAAUGCAGACCCAUCAGGCAGGGAAGAGGAUGAUGCUGUUAGCCAACACAUGGAAGGUUCGAUGAAAGGCGAGAAUGAAGACUACAGUGUUGGUGACAGCCGGCAAGAUUUGGUCAUUGCUAACGGCAGGCAAGAUCCUGAAGGAAAGGAGGAUGAUGCAGCCAGCGAAGGUGGCAGAAGUGGGAUCAGUGACGAUGGAAGAAGUAAGAUAAAGCAGAAUGAUGACCAAGACUCCCUUCACAGCCACUCCUCUGCUUCCCAUCAUUCGUAUAACUCAGACAGCUUCUCUGAUCAGGAUGAGAUGGACAAUAAGGAGCAUGAGCAACCAUUAAAAGAGACAUCAAGGAAAAGUUCUGCAGCUUCUGAGAGGUCCAAGUAUUCGGCAAAAAGCAGGACAUCAACUGCUGCAAGUCACACCAGACAGAGUCAAGUUUCAGCAAGAUCUAACCGCACAGUGUCAGCCUCCUCACAGAAAUCAACAGCUGCUGCAAAUCAAGGGACGGCUUACAGAUCUUCAAGCUUUGGCUCCUUGCAUAAAAGCCUCGAUGACAAGAAGCAAAAGACUGGCACUGGACAGUCCAGGACAAGCUUACAGUCUGGAAAAUCCAACAGAUCUGUAACUAGUAAAAACAGCAGUGUUAGGAAUUCACAACAGAGCUUGAAAUCUGCUCACUCCCUUUACAGUACAACCAGAACAGCCGAUCGGCCUCAACAGAACCAGUCACAAGCAUCCCUUCGGUCUGCAGGGUCUGCUAAUAAAGAAGGAAGUCGGAAAUCAUCUGCAAACUCCUACCGGUCCUCGCAAGGACAUGGAGAGAAACCGUCAUCGCCAGCUGCUAACUCUAGGUCCUCCAGGGUAUCUGUUGCAAGGGAGCAACCUUCACCUGUUGGCUCCAUCAAGUCCCAAAGAGAGAAGUCGCCAAGUCCAACACUGAACUCCACUAGAGAUGCAGCUCCUCAACCUGCCAGAAGUCCGUCUGUUAACUCUCAGAGAUCUGUUCAAGGUGAUGGCCAUGAGAGUCCAUCUCCACCAGACUCUAAACAAGGCAGUAGACCUUCCUCACGAAGAUCUGUCGUAACAGAGAAGGAUCUUCAAAGGUCCUCUCCUAGACAGUCCCCUAGUAAUCUUUCGAAGGACAGAGAGAGCAACAGAGGUAGCAAAGUCGAUGUCAAAGAAGCCACUAGAAGCCGUCCUCAAAGCAAAACGUCUCUAAGAUCUGUGGAAGCAGACCCUUCGAAUCAGGAAGGGAGCAGAUUAUUUAACGACCAAAAUGCAGGUGAAGAGUCGCAAGAACCCUUUGGCAGCCGUCCCCAUAGCCAAACCUCUCACAGAUCCGUCCAAGAGGACGCUUCAGCAGAGGCUCAUCAAGACAUUAAAACUGCAUCAGUCAAAGGAAGUGUAGCGAGUCUGAAAGAAGAAAAUGCAGAACCUAGCAGAAGUGUGGACGAUGAGCAGACCAAUCAAGACGUUAACCAAGAUCCCCAGGGAGCAAUGGAAGAUCCUCCAGUAAAUGGAGACGUUGAAAAGGAGAACAUUCCAGAUGAUGAUGAUUUCUUUGGGACUGGAGUUGCCAACAAAGAUGAACCUCAGUAUUAAUGCCACAAAACAAAUGUUUAUUCAUCUAAAUGACAUUCAUCUGUCUUUUAUGAUUCCACAAAGGUGUCCGUGCCAAUAUCGAUUUUGUUUGAAGUUGUAGUCAAAGAGAGGGUUCCAGAGCACAGUAGUUAUCUGCCAUGCUUGGAGUUGAUUUUUGUACAGUUAUUUUGUAUUAUAUACAUUCCUUUGAGCUUGAAGUUUUACCUUCGUAACAAAAAUACUGUUAUUGUUUGUGUAUUCACAAACUUUACUGAUUUAUAAUAAUCUGAUCAAAAACGAUUGUGUAAAAUACUAAAAUGAUAUUUACAGCCAAUUGUGCCUUUCUACAUUCCGUCCAAAGGAUUUCUUCCAAAGGAUUCCGUCCAUUUAUUCAAAUCAACAAAUCUGUUUUGUUAUUGAAAUGAUUUUUAAUUGUUAUUGGGUGUGUAUGUAUAGUUUUAAUAGUGUAAUAGACCUUAUCCGUAGCGGCCAUCUUAGAGUGCAUCUUUUGUUAUUUCAAUUUCGUAGUAAUUAAUGCACAAAUGGUUCACACACGCAUAUCGCAGCAAAACAAAGACAUUGCCCUCUAAGAUGGCUGUACCGCAUAAGGUCUAUACAUUCACUGCCAAAGAUUGUAUUGAUGAAUCGAAAGUUAGAGUUUGUAUAUAUUGAGCGGUAAUGAUUCGUCAUACGUUUAGAGCAAAAAACAGUUCGGAUUUGUUUAUCUGCACUAGAAAAGCUUCAUUGCGAAUUGUUUCAUUAUGAAAAUGAAUACUUCAAUUUUGAAUGCUUAUCGCCUUGUUAGGCACUCAUUAAGAUUUUAUUUUAAAAAUGCUUAGUUUGGGUAUUGGAAAUACAUUUUUCUAAUCUGAUGUUUCUUACUAAUCGAACUGAUUAGUUUGUCAGAUCUCAAAUUGUUUGUCAAUUUUGUAUGAUAUGGUUUGAUUGAGAUGAGUGAUAUGAUGUUGAAUAAUUGAAAUAUGUCACGAACUGUGGGCAUUAAUAUGCUUUUGUAUUACAUACAUCCCGAGGACAGCAGCAUAAAGAGAGAACAACAGAUUCUUUGUUGUCCUCGAGCGUACAUCUUUUGUUGAAAAGUCCUCGAAUGUAGGCCUAAGUCUGUGUGCUCAGUUUAUGCAUGGAGCUAUGUGUUUUAUGGCUCCAUGGUCUAUGUGAGAGUGUUAAAUUAUAGGGACAAAGGGAAACACAAUGUCUCAUCCUCGGCCAAUGGUAAAACACCACUGUGGAGCUUUGUAUGUGUGUUGCAUAGAAAAGCUUAAAAGGUUGUGUACGUUCAACUAACAAUUGUACUUAGUUUUAUUUUCCUACAUAUGCCGUCCAUGUUAAAGAAAUUCUAAGGAUUGUUAACUUCCGUGAAAGCAAAGGUGUAAAUAAAAGGUUUGGAUCUAAAAAAAA